AUGACUAGUAAUGGAUUUGAGAAUGGAACAAAUAAUUUCCCAACAGUUAAGAAUAGUGUACCUUUUUAUUUGGAUCCACAAGCUUCAUCAUCUCUUGGAACAAUUUGUCCACAUUUAGUUGGUCAAAAAGUUUGUUGUAAUUCUACUCAAGUUUCUACAAUGGUUUCUCGUUUUACACUUUUAGAUGCAACAUUUUGGCGUUGUAUUGCUUGUGUUUUAAAUUUAAAGAAAAUGUGGUGUGAUUUUACAUGCAGUAAUCAACAAGGACAUUUUCUUACCAUUGAAUCAAUGUAUGAAACACCAAAAUAUGCUCAAUAUAUUAAGGAAGUUAAUUUUUAUGUUUCAUUAGAUUUCCAAAAUCAAAUUUGGGAAAGUUGUAAAGAUGUUAAAUUAGGUCAAUUACCAGUUAAAGAUACAUAUGCAAAUGUUAGAGCUUAUUUACAAGGAAUGGUAAAUUUAGCAGUUCCAAAUCCAAAUAUUCAAUACAUUUUCCAAACAAGUGAAUCACAUCUUGAAAAACUUACAAUUACAAAAAAUAUUACAAAAACACCACUCAGAUAUGAUCAAUCACCAAAUUAUGAAGAUAUUUCAGUUCCAUCAGUAGAACAUUACAAAACUAGAAAAAUUCAAGAUUUCAAUAAUUCAACAACUCAAUUUUAUAAUGGAACAAUGUUAGCAUGUGAAUUAUCAUGUGAUUGUACAUAUUGUGAAAAGGCUUGUGGAACAAUUACACCUGAUUAUUCAUGUAAAAUCUUUGGAUCACCAUGUUUUGUUGUUGCAUCAAUUGGUGGAAGUGUUAUUUUAGGUUUAUUUAUUAUUGCAAUCAUUUCUGCUCUAUUCGAAAGAGGUUUUAAUUGGUUUAGAAAUAGAAAUAACAAAACGAAUGAAAAUAUUGAAGUUAAUCAAGAAAAUUCUUUAAAUUCAGAUAGAAGAUAUAGAACAUUUUAA